AAAAAAGCUCAUAUUCGCCCUCUUUUUCGAUUUCUCAACGUUGUGCGCUAGUAUGUAUCUGCUUUCCCCACCACUCUGUUAAGCGCUAAAGAAAGUUCGUCGUUACUAGCGUUGCCGUCGAUGCACUCAAUUAUGCUAAAUCUGACCACACUAGUCUCAAGUAAGAGCAUUUCGGAGUGUCGAGAAAAAGGGCGAGUGUAGCCUCUACGAACUCACGUACACAUGAUCGGGCAUAGUGUGUGAAUGUGGAACGGGAAAUUCCUGGUGCCCCGGUGCACGAUUUGGUAACACUGCCAACACUGUUACCGCGUCCAGUAUAUAAGGGAUCGGUGGAUAUGCCUCGAGCAAAGUUUGUUUUAAAAAUCGAAAUGUGGACUUAGCUAAUGAUACGACUAUCAGUCCUUUGUCGAUCGAAUAAGAAAACAGAACGUUAACGCUCCUUCCAUUUUUACACAAAGGAAUCAAUCAGAACUAUUAUUUACAUAAUAGAUAGUCAAAAGUGUUGAAAAGAUGAAGUAUAUUUUGAUAGUACUUUUACAAUUACUUUGUAUCAAUCUUGAUAGUGCAAGAGAAAUUACACAUGAAGAUAUUAAAGAAGCUAUGUUGAGUCUGGUGCACAUGAUGCGAGAGAAUACUGAGAAGCUGGAGAGGCACGAGGCCAGGGAACGCCAACUUGGCGAACAGUUGAAGAAAACUCUUACAGUUUUGACCAAACGCAUGUUGACGAUCAAUACUUUGCAAAUGCAAUUUACAAAACUGGAUGAAAAAGUUAAUGGAAUUGAACAGUUAAUUUCCCAGAGAGAUGAACGAGAAAGAAUACAAAUGCAGAAAACCGUCGAUACUUUGGAAAAUUUAGAAAGUCGACUAGAAGGAUGGCUCACGGAUAUUGAAAGCAAAGUAUCUGAAGUAAAUAAUCAAUCUACAGUAACAGCUCCAUCUGUUAAUAACGAUUCUUCAGUAAUUUCAAAAUUGAAUGAUACAGAAACAUUAUUAAUUGAAAAAAUAUCCAAAGCUGAGUCAGUUUUCAAAUCCGAGGCGACGAAAUUGAAAGAAACUACCAACAUUCAAACUAGAAUAACUGAAGGUUUAAUAACCAAGAUCCAGGAUAUCGAUUCGAGAUUCAGGGAUCUGGAAAUCUUAUUGGAGAAAGUUAGGGAACACUCGCAAAAUAUUAAAAAGAAAUUGCAAGAACCACAGUUCGACAUGAUUUCUAAUAUCAAUGAGCAUGUUCAAACUUUUUCGCCUAUGAAAAAGGUUUUGGAAAAUACUUACGAUCAAAUUAAAGAAUUACCAAGAGUUGACAAGUUAGAAAUUCUUCAUAAUGAAACUCAAAUACUUUUGCAAGAAACGAAGCAUGCUUUGAAAGAAAUUGUUGCAAGGAGCACCAACGACAUUGAAAGCAAGCUAGCAGAGACCAAAGACGAAACUAAAGACACUAUAGAAACUCUUAGAAUGGACUUGGCGAAAAAUUCUGAACACGUGAACGAGGAAUUAAAUGACCUAGAAAAGGGACAAUCAGUGAUGGUUUCGAUGGCAGAUCAUGUUUUAGAUACUAAAAAACGAGUAGAAUACGGAGUCCAUCAAAUCCUUUUAGAAGUAGGCGAUUUAGUGAAGUCACAAAGUUUAAAUAUAAAUAAUACCUUAAACCAAAGAUUCGAUGGAAUAUCCCAAGACAUAAUGGACAAUCAAAAUGGUGCUCUGGCCAAUCUGACCACAAAAAUGGAACAAGAGAUGAAUCAGGUUUGGAGACAAAUAAAUGUGAUGUAUCAACAAAUGACGGAAAGUGCAAGAGCUUUGGAUAAAUUGCACAAACAAAAUGAGAAAUAUGUUAAUGGUACCAUUUCCACCAUGGGUGGAAUGGACAAUAAGGUGGGAGAAAUAACUGAAAGAAUGACUGAAGUUGAUAAAAAUUUGAAUUAUCUUUUGGGAAGACUUUCAUUGGUUACUCAAGAAUUCAAUCAAAUAAAAAUAGGAUUAGGAACGGCUUUGGAUAAUAUUAAAGCUUCGUUUAAAGAGGUUCAAGACAAAGCUAAUGAUUUAAGAUUUCCUGGACCACAUCCAAUUCCAGAAAAUUGUAAAGAUUGCAACGAAUCCGAUAGCAAACCGGAUGACCUGAUUAUAGCAUAUAAUUAUUAUUAUAAGACAAGGAAUUAAUUUGAUGCUAUAUGAACCGUAUUAAAGAUCCAUUUAAUGUUAAUUAAAAUACUAAUCGAAAUAUAUAAGUGCAAUAUUUUGAUAAGCUACCUAUAUAUACGUUGAAAAAAUGUAUUAUAUUCAUAACUUUUUGUAAAAGGUAUAUUAUUUAAGUACUAUACUGUGGACGAAUGUUUAAGGCUUGGAAAUAA